CCUGACCAGAGCAGAAUAGAGUGGCACUAUGACUUCCCUGGAUUUGGACACUAUACUUCUAUUGAUGCAGCCUACAAUCGCAUUGGCCUUUUUAGCUGCCGCAUCACACUGUUGGAGAAUCUUUGCCCCUCCCUCAUAGAGAAUCAUGGGGGAAGCCUUGUCUCUAGGGAGUCCUAGCCAAUGCCUCCCAUGUCUCCCUAUGGGCGAGUGUGGGGAUGCCUGCCCUCCCUUGGCAGUCUCUGGAGGGGCACCCCUGACCCUCCCUCGGAGACCCCUCCCUUCCGUCUUGGACCAGCGCCUGGAAGGAUGCUUCAGGAAGACUGCAUCCCUGCGUUGCCAUGGCGACAGCCAACCGCAAGCCUCCCCGUCUCGCUUUUCCGCGUGCGUCGUCUCCUUGGCAACGGCGUCGGCGUCCUUUCGGUGGGGAGGAUGGAGCUGGACGGCCGAGGGCCGUCUCGGGCGCUGGGGCCGAUGGAGGAGGCGGAGCCAGGCCCGGGGGGGCAGCCCACUGGACAGGGGCCCCAGGCUCAGCCCCCCAGCCAAGAAGAAGAAGAGCAGCAGGAGCAGGAGCAGGAGGAGAGGGGGCUCCCCGGCUGCUUCCCGGUGGAGCUGCCCCCCUGCCACCGGCCCCACGGGGCCCCUCUGGGCGAACUGGUGGCCAGCCAGGCCCCCCCGCAGCCCCCCAGCGAGAGAGCCCCCCAGGAGAGCCCCCGGCCGAUGCCCCCCCCGAGGGAAGUGCCUGCUGGACAACUGGCAGGAGGAGAGGGCCACCAACCCCUUGGACCAGGUGCCUUGUCCAGAGAUGGGGACGGAGAGCUACGUCUUCCGAGGGGGACACCGGGGUCUCCUCACCCUCCAGGCCCAGGCCGGACUGGCCAGCGCCACCACCACCAAGGAGGCCUUCCAGACCCCCCGGAGGACCGGGCUGCCGGUCAGAGGCAAGCGUGAGGCCAUGAUGGAGUGGCUCCUCUACCAGAAACACAGCAAAGAGGUCUUUGCGGAGCAGGUGCAGGCCGCCCCCAGACCCAUGGAGUCCCAGUCCACCACUCACCGGGACUUCUUCCAGGAGGGCUUCGUCUCCAUGCCCCCAGCCCCCACCAAGCCGCACAACUACCGCCUGGAGCAGCCACAGACCUUCUGGAGGGAGAACGCCCAACGGGUGACCGGCGUCUCUUGCAUCCGGACAGAGGACACCCCCUUUAAGAAAUGUGCAGCCUUCACGACCCCCGCCGCAGAUUACCUGGAGCAGCCCCACGACCAAGAGACCUACCCGAAUUUCUAGUGGAAAUAAAAGGCAGUGGACUCA